UCAACCUUCCCCGGCCCCUUGGGCAUGGCCGCUAGCUUCAAUGCCUCGCUUUGGUUUGCCAAGGGUGACGUGCUGGCCACAGAGCUGCGCGCCUUUAGCAAUACCAACUGGCAUCGAAGCAACGUGGAUAACCAGAUCCAAUAUACGGGCUUUGGCCCCAACAUCAAUAUUGCCCGUGAUCCUCGUUUCGGGCGCACCUCGGAGCUGCCGGGUGAGGAUCCCUACCUCUCCGGCACGUAUGCCACCCAUAUGGUACGGGGAAUGAUGCAGGCAGAUGCUGCGGGGCAUCCCAAAAUGUUGGCCUACCUCAAGCAUUUUACUGCCUAUUCAACGGAAACCAACCGCCAGCACUCGGACUUUAACGUCUCCAGUCACGAUCUCUGGGACACCUACCUGCCGCAGUACGAGAUGGCCUUCCGCUCAGCACAGCCUGCUGGUGCCAUGUGUUCAUACAACGCCGUCAACGGCCGCCCGAGCUGCGCCAACGGCUACAUAUUGCGCGAUGUGCUGCGCAACCAAUGGCAACAGCCCAAUGCUCACAUCACCUCGGACUGUGGGGCCAUCUCCAGCUUGCGUGGUGCGCCUGUUUUUGCGCCCGACGAUGCCACGGCCGCGGCGGUGGCCCUGAACAACGGCACCGAUCUCGAGAUGGGCAGCCAGGUCUAUGCCUCGCUCGCCGAAGCCGUGGCACGAAAUCUAACUAGCUCGACUCUGGUGGAGGAAGCGUUCCGUCGCGCAGCCCGCAUCCUUUUCCGGGGUGGACGCUUCGAUCCGCCAGCGACCGUCGAGUGGAACGCUUACGGCGUGCAGGACAUCAACUCCAGCGCGACUCAGGCCCUAGUCCACGAAGCCACGGCGCAGUCCCUUGUUCUGCUGCAAAACCGCCAUGGCAUUUUGCCGCUCGCACCGGGCCAACGCGUGGCCGUGGUGGGGCCUCUGGUCGAGCGUGGGGACGCGCUGCUUUCCGACUACGCGUCACUCGUCUGCUAUGAUGGCACGUAUGAUUGCAUUCCCACGCUGGGCGCGAGCGUGACGGCAGCAAACAAGGGUGGCGCAACCACCGUGGUCCCGGGCGUGGAUGUCAACUCGAACAACUCUUCGGGACUGGCGGCUGCAGUGGCGGCGGCACAAGCGGCGGACGUGGUAGUGGCUUUUCUGGGCACGGACAAGACGAUCGAGCGGGAGGGCUUGGAUCGGGUUAACCUAACUCUGCCGGGCUUGCAGGGGUUGCUCCUGGACCAACUGCUCGCCACGGGCACGCCAGUGGUUUUGCUCCUCAACAAUGGCGGCCCCUUGGCCAUAGAGUCAUACCUGAACCGCACGGCUGCCGUGAUGGAAACCUUCAACGCCGGCCAGUUUGGCGCCACCGUCAUGGCCAAGGCCCUCUUUGGACAAGUGAACAACUUUGGCAAACUCCCCUACACCGUGUACCCGGCAGGCUAUGUGACGGAGCAGGCCAUGAACAACUAUGACAUGGCCCUUUAUCCCGGUCGCACCUACCGCUACUUGGUUCAGGCCCCCGUCUUUCCCUUUGGUUUUGGCCUGAGCUACACGACCUUUAAC